GAAAAAAAAAUAGAUAGCGAUCAAAAGCUCAAUACAUAAUAUGUUGAUUAAAUUUGUAUCUAUCAUCAGUCAUUUUAAAUAUAGUCUCGACAAUGACUGACUGGAGUGUUAAUACUGGUACAUUGACCUUUGAAAAGAGUAGCUAGUGGUCGAUUACAUUAGUGUUACAUUCUGUUAGAUUUACUUGAAGGGUAGGUCGUGUUAGCAAUAUAAGUGAUUUUAAAAUAUUAAUGACGAAAUCAAAGCUCAAAAUAUACAACAUUUAAGUCUUUGCCUAAGGACUGACUGGAAAAGACCACUGUGAUCUUGGCCGCUGAAAAUGAGUGGUCUAAUAAUCAGAUUAGUUUACCCAAAAGUGCCGCUAAUGAAGCCGUUAUUGCUUUUUUGGCUUCUCUUGGUAAACUGUUUUGAAGGAGCUUACAAUAGCUAUGAAGGAGCUUAUAAAUUUAACGAUGCAUAUUUAGAAAGCAUUCCUAGACCAUGCGGAUCCAACAAUCCAAAUCAAAAUGUGGACUUAAGAGAACCUCAAAGUCCUGGACCUUUUCAUGACCUAACAAUUUUUGAGUUGAGACAGCUCAAACAGUUUCUUCAAAAUGACCCAAAUAUAAGAGCUGUGAGUCCAAGUUUAGCUCAAGUUAACUCUAGUUAUGUUUUCAUGGUUGACCUUUACUUACCAGCUAAAUACGAAGUGCUGAAGUAUUUGGAUGCUGAAGGUCCUCAGCCAGCGCGAAAGGCACAGGUGAUGAUUUUUCGUGGGGACUUGAACCCAAGUGUUGUGGAGGAGUACGUCUGUGGCCCGCUUCCAUACGUAAAGAGUUGCAGACUACUGCAGCUCGCAAACCGUCGGAAUCCUGUAGAGUUUUCUAUAAGGCCAGUUGCAGUUUUAGAAUUACAAGUUGCAAUCACAACAAUUUGGGCACAAAUCAAGGACAAGAUCGAGCAUAUUUUGUUGGAGAGCUAUGAAGCCACAGUUUGUGAAAACGAUGAGCCAGGAUGCUUAACUUUUGAUAUUUUCCCAGUGGGAACAAGCUAUCUUGGUGAUACUAACAGAAGGUGGACCUGGCUGUCUGCCCAAUACAACAUCCCGUAUCCAUUUCUACACCCAGUCGACUUUGCACUAUUAAGUGAUGUCACUGGAUCAGAUUUCAGUAGAUGGUCCGUUCUCAAAGUUUGGUAUGCAGGUCAGAUAUACGAGAGUCUUGAAGAAUUUGUUGAAGGAUACAAUUCAAACAGCAUCCCCAAACUAAAACUUCAGAAACCUGUUGAAAGCGAGACUCUCUUCUCAACUUUGAAUCUCAAAGGAAUUCCAUCCCCGAGAAAUUCACAGAGACCGCCUCAGCAGUUUGAAGCAGAUGGGAAAAGAUACUCCUUGAAAGACAGACAGGUGAAAUACUUGGACUGGACAUUUAACUUUCGAAUGUCACCAUUUACUGGUCCAUCAGUGUAUGAUAUUAGAUUCAAAGGGGAGAGAAUCGCUUAUGAAAUUGGUCUGUCAGAGAUUUCCAUAUAUUAUUCUGGUUUCGCUCCCAUGCAGCAAAUGUAUUCGUACCCCGACAGUGCAGUCCUGUUAGGUACACAUUCCAAGUCUUUAAUUCCAGGGGCAGAUUGUCCUGAAUUUUCAACUCUAAUUAACCAGACAUUUUGGGGCCAGCUUACAGAUGAGCCUUCCUCCUAUGAUUCAAGCUUCUGUCUGUUUGAACAAAACGCCGGAAUACCACUGAGAAGACAUUCAUCUUACGAGAAGUCUCAAGGCUCUUUCUAUGGAGGGAUGCUGGAUUCAGUCCUAACACUCAGGUCCAUAUUAUCUGUGUUCAGCAAUGACUACAUCAUCGAUUUCACUUUUCAUCAAAAUGGAAUCAUUCAAGGGCAGUUAACCAACACAGGUUACCUCUUACCGAGCUACUUCAACAGGCAGGAAACUUUAUAUGGCUACCGUAUUAACAAAAAUAUCGUUGGAAAUAUUCAUCAAAUUUUCGCCCAUUUUAGGGUGGAUCUGGACAUUGGCGGUACAUGCAACAGAUAUGAGACUUUGAACAUUGUUAAGGAUCAAAUACCACUUCAACAGGAUCCAGACGUAAUCAAACACCAGACUAAAAUUAUUCGGGACCUGAAACCGACGGAGAAGAGAGCUGUUUUCGACUACAACUUUAGGAAACCUAAAUACCAUUUAGUCUACAACAACAACGUACGGAAUGAUUUAGGGCAGGAGAAGUCGUACAGAAUUCAUCUCGAAGGAAUAGCUCAUAGUCUGUUACCUGAAAACAUUGGGGGAGAAAGGUCAAUACCCUGGGCUCGUCAUCAGAUGGUGGUCACUAAGUUUAAAGACAGCGAACGUUUUUCAAGCUCGAGCUAUGCCUAUGUGGACAACCUGGACCCAGUGGUCAACUUCACCAAAUACUAUGACGACAAUGAAAGUAUCGUUGAUCAGGACCUAGUGUUUUGGAUUACACUAGGUACCCAUCGCAUCCCACACACUGAAGACAUUCCACUGGCGUCCACUGUCGGGAGAGAACUGCGUUUUUUUCUGAUGCCUAACAAUUACUUCCCAGAAUGCCCUUCCAUGAAUUCUCGUGAUGCCCUGUUUAUCAAACACAUUGAUCUUACGGAUAAGGCCAGAGGUGUCGAGGUUAACAGAAAUGGAAAUUCCCGUGACCAAUGUGUGACUCCAAAAAUAACUUUGGAAGAUGUACUAUUUAGAAAUCCUGACCUUGCCCUUGAGAGUCGCAGAGUUAAUUUUGUUUUCUGAACUAAUGUGUUCAAUGCUAUACAAGCUACACAUUUGAAUGUUUCAAAUAAAAUACAUUUUCUUCCAAAUAUACUCUUUCAAUAUGUGAAUGUGACACUGUAGGACAUUGGCAGUAGGUCAGAAGUAACUAGAUUUAGAUGUUUGCCAGCAGAAUGUCUAGUUCUCGAUUUUGUUGUUGUUUUUUUUUUACUGUUCAGGGGAGGUGAUUAAAUGGGAAAAUAUCCAAA